AUGGCCCCAGAACUCUCAUCGAAUUGGAAGAUUCUGCAAGCACGCCUCAAAGCUGGAUCUGCUUCAGAACCAGCAUUCUCUUCAUCAGCCUCAGCCAGUCCCUCAGCCCCUGCCAACAAUAAGAAGAGGAAGUCAGCAUCUGAUGAUCAAGACUCAAAGCCGAAAAAUAAAAGGACCAGAACAUCCUCCUUCCCGAAGAAGCAACCAACAAAUACGACCUCGGCAACCAGUUCAACGGAAAAAAUGGGCGCUGUCUCUUCUCAACCAGUCACCUCGACGGCCCCUCUCACGAACCAACCAUCUAUUCAUUUUCUGAGGCAAAACCAUGGCAUCUCCCACGAGUCACUGUCGGAAGCUUACAACCUCACUAUUUCCCCCACCCUCCUGUCCUCUUUGCCCAGCCACCCCAACCAGGGCCUCUCCCCAACAGCUUCAUUGGAUAGGACGAAAUACCUGGCGAUAGACUGCGAAAUGGUCGGAUUCGGCCCCGGUGGCGUUGACUCUUCCCUCGCCCGUGUCUCAAUAACUGAUUUCCAUGGCACCCAAAUCUACGACUCCUACGUUCUCCAGCGCGAAAAGGUCACGGAUUGGCGAACUGCCGUGUCUGGCAUCGCGCCAAAACACAUGAGGGAUGCCCGUCCGUUUUCUGAAGUUCAGGCUGAAGUAGCCGAGCUUUUAAAAGGCAGGAUAGUUGUCGGUCACGAUGUCAAGCAUGAUCUCAAGUGUCUUGACCUUGAUCAUCCAAUGAAGAUGAUACGGGAUACAGCCAAGUUUUCGGGGUUCAAGAAGUACGGGAACGGACCCAAGCCUGCUUUGAAAGCACUGGCAAAGGAAAUUCUGGGGUUGGAGAUCCAAACGGGCCAACACAGCAGUAUCGAAGACGCAAGGGUGGCCAUGCUGUUGUUUCGAAAACACAAGCCGGCCUUCGACAUGGAGCACGCGAACCGAUAUCCGGAAGAUGUCAAGACCAAACAGAGGCCGAACAAAGCAGGGAAGGGCAAAAAGUCGAAGAGGAAGUGA